UUCUUCAGCUAAUGCAACAAAGAAGAACUUUAGGAUGGGUAAAAGUUUCUGCCGUGCAUCUUCAAACAGGAAAUCUGAGAUUCAGAACAACUUAUAUUUUGGCUUGUAUUCGCUGAUCAUGGGGUGAUCCAGAAAUAAACUCCAGGCUUCAAAGCGAGAGCAUUUCAAAGCUGUCCUGCAGUUGAUCGAAACUUCCAGGCAAAGCAGGGAGAUGAAUACUUGCAAGGAUUUUCUGAAUUAAGACCUAAUCAAGGAGAUAACCUAGUUCAACAGUAUUAAUACUCUUUUAUUUCAGAACAAAAAAGGAAAGCAAAAAAAGAAAAAAAAUAGAAUGGCUACAACAGCAGCAAACACUCAAAGACAAACAAUAGGCUGUGAGGAAUACAGUCUGUACAGCAGCUUGAGUGAAGAUGAGCUUAUAAAGAUGGCUAUCCAGCAGAGCUUGGAAGAGGAUGCCGUGGGUCAGCCAGCUGCCCAGAGCCACCAGAAGUCUAUGGUGGCGGGUCCUGGUGAGGCAGCUGCCACGAGCCACACCAACAGCCACAAUCCUCCCUACCGCAUCUACCCGUGGCAAAGACUGGCGUCCCAGUCAAGAGGGGGGACUCAGCCAUCCAGCUCGGGGGCAGCCUGGGGGGUCAGGCGAAGGUACGACGGCAGCCUAUUCAGCACAUCCCAGCCUGUAGAAAUUGACCCUGUAGUGGCGGCAAUCAAGGAUGGAGAUGAAAAAGCAGUAUGCAACAUGAUGAAAUCAGGAAAAAACCUUUCUGAACCUAAUAAGGAUGGCUGGAUACCCCUCCAUGAAGCCGCGUACUAUGGCCAAGUGGGUUGCCUGAGCCUGUUGCAAAAAGCAUACCCUGGCACAAUCGACCAGCGCACCCUCAAUGAAGAGACAGCUCUCUACCUGGCCACUAGCCGGGGCAACCUGGACUGCCUGCUCACCCUGCUGCAGGCUGGGGCUGAGCCCGACAUCUCCAACAAGGCCAGAGAAACACCACUCUACAAAGCCUGCGAACGUAAGAAUGCAGAGGCCGCAAGACUCCUAGUACAGUACAAUGCUGAUACCAACCAUCGUUGCAAUCGAGGAUGGACUGCUCUCCAUGAAGCUGUCUCCCGAAAUGACCUGGAGAUUAUUGAUAUCCUUGUGAAAGGGGGUGCCAAGAUUGAGUCUGCAAACUCCUAUGGGAUAACAUCUUUAUUUGUGGCAGCUGAGAGUGGGCAGUUGGAAGCUUUGAGAUACCUGGCAAAAUGUGGUGCUGAUAUAAAUACUCAAGCCAGUGAUAACGCCACUGCUCUUUACGAAGCCUGUAAAAAUGGGCAUGUACAUAUUGUGGAGUUUCUUCUGUCCCAAGGAGCAGAUGCUAACAAAGCCAAUAAGGAUGGCCUAUUACCUCUUCACAUAGCAGCCAAAAAAGGGAUUUGCGAGAUUGUUUCCAUGCUGAUCCCUGUGACAAGCCGCACUCGCGUCAAGCGCAGUGGCAUCAGCCCCCUGCAUUUAGCAGCUGAACGCAACAAUGAUGACAUCUUGGAAGAGCUGAUUGAUGCUGGCUACGAUGUCAAUACUGCCCUCUCCAAUGAACGGUCCUGCCUUUACGAGGACAGGCGCACCACCCCCCUCUAUUUUUCUGUUUUUAACAACAACAUCUAUGCCACAGAACUCCUGCUGCAAGCUGGAGCUAACCCCAAUGUUGACCUCAUUAACCCAUUACUCAUCUCCAUCCGCCACGGCUGCCUGAAGACCAUGAAACUGCUUCUUGACCAUGGAGCAAACAUUGAUGCCUAUAUAUCAAGCCAUCCCACUGCAUUUCCAGCUACCAUCAUGUUCUCAAUGAAGUACCUUUCUGUGCUGAAGUAUCUCCUUGAUCUGGGCUGUAACGCAGUUGCCUGUUUUGAGUGUCAGUACGGAAACGGCCCACAUCCUGCCUUAAAUUACAGACGAGACAGCCUUAAUGAUCCUCAACUGUCCAAGGAGCCAGCUGUAGUACAGUUUUGUGAAAUGGUGUCUACUCCAGAGAUGAGUCGCUGGGCUGGGCCGAUCAUCGAUGUUCUCCUUGAUUAUGUAGGUAAUGUGCAGCUCUGUUCCAGGCUCAAGGAGCACAUUGACAGCUAUGAGGACUGGGCUGUCAUUAAAGAAAAAGCAGAGCCCCCACGACCUCUUUCCCAUCUUUGCCGCAUCAAGGUACGAAGCCUGGUUGGAAGAAACCGCAUUAAACUUCUUGAUACCUUGCCUCUCCCAGACAGACUGAUUCGAUAUUUACAGCAUGAUUACUCACAGUGACCCCAGGCACACUGGACACACAGCAGCUUCCUGGCAGGGCACACAGUGUCAUCGGCAUGGCGAGGCCACACAUGGUGGGGAGGAAUUGCUGCUGGCUUGGUCAAGCGCCCUCCAAUGACUAAUCCAAGUGAAAUAUGCUUCUAAAGCAUGAGUGAGAAGAAAAUGGAAGAGAUGAAGAGCUAAAGAUAGGACAUUCGUUAGGUAUUCCAAGAGAAAACACAUGUGAUUCACCUCAGAGUUUCAUCUGCAAAGAAAAAGAAAUGAAUGCCAGCACUGAAAAAUGAAUAGUGCUGAAGUAGUUGGGAGGAAUUCAAAGGUAUCUUGAAGCUGUGGCUGGAGCUUAGCAUCCUUGUUAUGAUCACAAUUCAGAAAUUGUCAAGAGUCAACAUAUUUGGGAAAACAAUUGUAUUUCCUUCACUGAAUGAGAUUUUAAUUUUAGUUUCUUUUUUUUUUUUAUUUCUGCUAAGUGUGCUAGUUGCUAAUUUCUGAUAACUUGACACAGUAUUGCUAACACUUUUGCUUUUAUUUUUUUGACCUUUCUUGUUGCAUACUUGAUUUCUCAACAUUCAAAGCCCAGAACAUUUUAAUAGACUAAAAUCCAGAGAUGCUGAUUUAUUUAAAAUUCAAGGGAAGAUUUACUUUAAAAGGAUGUAAAAAUUGUAUUUGCACAUAGUAAAUACAGUUCAUGUUGUAUUAUGUUUGCAGUAAGAAGUAGGUGAAAUUCUGCUUGAGAGAAUUUCUGAGACUGGGAACUUGAAAGCAACUCUGAGCUGUUUUGGGGUUUUUUUUCUGAUGUAAAAUAGUAGUAGCCGCACUGUAACCAGUACCUUUACUCUGCCAUGAAGCUGGUGUCAGAACAGAAUAAAGCCCUAGAUAAGCAUGAACAGAAAGUGAUGUGGAGCAAAGAAGUGAGGUACAUAGGGAGAGAUGACACUAUUACAACUUUAUUUGUUGCUUCACUAGAAGGUCUGGUUCCUACAACACUCAGCCUCUCUUAAUCUCUUGGACCUCUGUGGCUAUAACAAUAUCAUCACCAGAAGAAAACAGAGACUCUUUCAAAAUUAUGAAAUUCAGGCCUUGAGAAUUAUGCAAAUGAAUGCCCAGAAUUAGGCUUCCAAAUCCUUAUUCAGGUGCCUAAACAAUGCCAAGUUCCUUGCACCAGGUGUAGUUCCACUGGGACCACAUUUGGUGUCAGAUAUCAGUAAGGCAGAAUAAGCAUUUUAGGAUUUAGCCCUGAAUUUCCUGACUUUGGAAGUUCAAAGUAUCUGUUAGCUCCCUUUGAUACUGAUGAAAGUUAUCUCAGCUUCUUUGAAAAUUAGGUCACUUAUUUACAGCUCAGAUCCACAACUGAUUUAUGGCAGCUGAACAAGUUACCAUCUAUCAGCUGAACCACUAUAAUUGACCAUGAAAUUCUUUUAUUGACAUUUUUAACAAGUCACAUUCCCUCACAGCUGGGGAGGCCGAAGAGCCCAUGAGGGGCUAUUGGCAGUGACUAUAGCUCAGUUGACAGGUGUGACUUGCUGAACCAGUGAUGAGUGCCUCAUUCCUGACUAGGAACCUAAGUAAGCAUGGAAGAGACUAGAUUUGGAACUGUGUCUUUGCAGAUCUUCUGCUAGGAGCACACUCGUUUUUACCUUAGUUGAAAAAGAAGCUGUGCGCCAUGGUUUGUUUGGAUUCCCCACCAGAAACCUGACAUCUGGUUUUGUUAGUUGGCUUGUAUACCAUGGAAUCAGGUAGAAAUGUAAGCAGGAAAAAUGCGUUGCACUGAGUUUUAUUUGUGUGGACUUUUAUACCUUCACACAGGACUAAAAAUGCACACAGACAAGUCUGUCUGGGCACAGAAGAUGAUUCUGUGAUUUUUUUUGUGAAAUAUGUUCAGCGCUUGUGGAACAGAUUAUGAGCAGAAUAAUUGGUUGCAGGUAUGGGAACUCUGUCCACAGAUGCUUCCUUUCCAAAUGCAAAGGAAGUUGAAAAGCCAACAGAGUUUCUAUUCACACUGAGCACUGAUCUUGCAAAAUUUUGGGAAGUCAGGAGUGAUUCCUCCACUGCUGAAAUUUCAUCUAUUGACUUCCUUUAAUAACAGUUUAAGACCUACCCUCUUGUCUCCUGCAUCAUGAACAGGGAAUUGCUUUAGGCUGGAAAAAUAAUGGAAAGGGAUGGGGAACAGGAAAUCUUUUGACCAGUUUUGCCAGUGAAGGCCCUGUAUUAGCAAGCAAUAGCUUGAGAAAUAGAAAAUCAUCUGUGGAGUUCAUGCAUCUCUCACUUUAUGUGGCCGAGCAGUGAACGUCUAGGUCUUACUCACAUUGAUAUAAAUCAGAAGAAAUACCUUGAAAUUAACUGAGCGCAACAGUCGUAGAUGGUGAUGGAUACAGACACAGCUUGCUGGAGACCAUUUACUUUAGUGCUGUUUCAGUGUGCAAUAACAGCUCUGGAAACCACUGGCUGAUAAAAGCAGAAUAAAUCAGCAACUGCAUGUAUAACCACAAAGGUGUGGGGGAUUUCAUAAGGUUUCUCAAACUGGGAAUUUCCUAUGAGCCAACACUGUAACAUAUGCAGAAGUCUCAUGAGUUGCAAUUUCUUUUUAUGCCCUUGGAGAGGUUGAAACUGGUUUUGAGUGAAGCAAAUUUGGGAAGUCCAUUUCUUCUUCCUACCAGGAGACCUUCAUCUCUAUUGAGACACCCAUGUCCCGAUUGCUCUCAACCAUCCAUCCCAAGCAGGAGAGUCACUGGGCUGGAGAUUAGCAGUCUGAUGGGUAUGUACUGCAACUGCGCGAAGGAUAAAGGAACACUGUGCACAGAAACUGGAGAGAAACUAGUCUGCUAGAGGGGGAAUCUGGUAACUACAAUGUUAUUAAGUCCUUUCUGCUUGAUCCUUAGAGCAAAUCUUCACACACUCAGUUUACAUUUAUUUGCACUGCAAUGGAGCCUGCUACCUCUCCACUCCAGUCAUUGACACAGUAUUCUGUGCGCAAUACUGAAUCUGUACAAAUUCAGUGUGUAUUUAGUGCACUUACCUAGAAGUUACUGUGAAAAGGCAGAUAUCCCAAACUGCAAACAAACCAGGCUUUGUAAGCAGAUCAGUAGUUUUUAUGCAAGGUAAAGUGGCUUGUUUUUACUGAGUGUGAUAGAUAGACUCCUUUAGAGAUGAUGACUUUUGACUUUAUGUGAAAUAUUCUAGUAAUAUUUUAUGACCAGGUUACUGUACUGUUUUUUUACUGCAACAUGUGCAAUUCACUUCAUGUUCUUGUGCACUUUUUGAUUUUUUAUUUCAUUUUUUAUGAAAGCUUUUACAUUUACCUCUCCCUUCGCAUUAUUUAUAAAAGCUGUUGUGGUUUUAACAGUUUAAAUUUGCAUUGAUGUAGUAAAUAGCAGCUCUCAAAUGUUAUGUUUCCUUCUUUAAAAUGAAUUAUGAAUAAACAACUAGAUUCUGAAGGGCUAUCAGCUGUCCUGAAUAGUGACAUUGAACAAUCAAACAUGAAAAUAGCUAGGAAAAGUCUGAACCAAUCCAAGCUUGAACAACUAAUAAUUCUGAUGUUAAUCUUAAGGGUGAGAGAGCAGUACAUCCUGCUAGAAAGGUGAUAGAGUUGUUAUUCUUUGAAAACUUUCUGGAAAGUCUCACACAUCCCCAUUUAGUGAUUCAUAAUAUACUUAAAAAUUGCCUUCAUUCAUUUGCAUUUUACUUCAUUGUUGCUCCACUUCAGAGGUGCAGGAAGGACCAUUGCCUGCCCUGGGCUGGGGAGGGAAGAUCCAUUUAACAAAGGAUUUUAAGGAUUUUUGAAAGUUACAUCAGUUUAAAUCUGAGGAUAACCCCUGUGUGUCAGAGGUCAUUUGGAACAGUGUGGUUUGACCCUUAAUUAUAACUUAAAAACAUGCUAUUCUAGUACAUGGAAAUAGUAUAGUAACAUACAUUCAAUUAAGAAACAGUUUAAAAGAAGAAAAUAAAACCAAAUUAUUUAAUAUCCAGAAGGUAGAAACUUGAUAUUGACUCUUUUCUAUUUUAUAUUUCUUCAGAAAUAAAAUUUCUACAGAGGCUUUUCUCUUUGCCAAGUAUUUUAAUUUUGAUAUAAAUCCAUAUUCUAAUGCAAUAUUCCAUUCUGAACUCAAGCAGGAGCACCUGUCCACAGCAAUCACUGCAAUACUUGUG